AUUUUGUGUUUUGAUCACACCAUUUUGUUUGCAGAGAGAUGAUCCAGCACAGACCCUAUAAUCAGAAGGUUGAUGUUUACAGUUUUGGCAUUGUUCUGUGGGAGCUUAUCACAGGUAUGCUUCCAUUCCAGAACAUGACAGCUGUUCAGGCAGCCUUUGCCGUGGUCAACAAAGGGGUUCGGCCAGUCAUACCAAGCGAUUGCCUCCCUGUGCUCAGUGAGAUCAUGAGUCGCUGCUGGGAUGCGAAUCCGAAUGUUCGCCCUCCCUUCACUGAGGUUGUCAGGAUGCUUGAGCAUGCAGAGAUGGAGAUCAUGACUACCGUUCGCAAGGCACGGUUCCGGUGCUGCAUUUCUCAACCCAUGACCAUGGACUGAUUAUAGAAGGGUAAAGUUUAGAAAGAAAGAAAGCACAGAAAUGUAGUUAGGCUGUGGAGCUUCAUGUAUUUUACCAUCUUGGGCUGCUGCUGAAGUGGAGAUUGUUGUGUAUGUGGGGUAGUUUCAGUUGGUUUUGCCCUGAACUUGUACCAAUCUGUUUGAUUUGGUUUUUCUUUUUAUGGACCUGAGAAUAUCAAUUCAGCCUUAUAUUUUUCUAUAGAAACAUGGAAAGCAUCCAUCUCUUUGCA